AUGGCCACCCACCACCGACCGUCAGCCGGUCAAGGAAAGAAGAAGGUUCAGGUUUCUUUUGUAAUCCGAGAUGAAGUUGAACGCUACCAUCGCUCUGGAGUUAAUGCUUUGCAGUAUGAUCCCGUCCUCAAUCGAUUGUACUCAGCUGGGCGUGAUUCCAUCAUCCGAAUAUGGAACACUAGAGCUAAUUCCAAUAGGGAUCCAUAUAUUCAAUCUAUGGAACAUCAUACAGACUGGGUUAAUGAUGUUGUACUCUGCUGCAGUGGAAGGACCUUAAUAUCAGCGUCAAGUGAUACAACUGUGAAAGUAUGGAAUGCAUACAAAGGCUUUUGUAUGUCUACAUUAAGAACACACAAAGAUUAUGUGAAAGCACUUGCCUAUGCGAAGGAUCGGGAACAAGUGGCAUCUGCUGGUUUUGAUCGAGCAAUCUUUCUCUGGGAUGUGAAUACACUGACUGCUCUCACAGCAUCCAACAAUACUGUCACCACCUCCAGUUUGAAUGGCAAUAAAGAUUCCAUUUAUAGUUUGGCAAUGAAUCCACCAGGAACAGUAAUUGUAUCUGGGUCUACAGAGAAAGUUCUGCGAGUAUGGGAUCCUCGUACUUGCCAAAAGAUGAUGAAGCUGAAGGGUCAUGGGGAUAAUGUCAAGGCUUUGGUAUUAAACAGAGAUGGCACACAGUGUUUAUCUGGUAGCUCAGAUGGCACUAUCCGGUUAUGGUCACUUGGGCAACAGGUGUGUGUGGCUACAUUCCGGGUUCAUGAUGAAGGAGUGUGGGCUUUACAGGCUAAUGAUUCAUUUUCAGUGGUCUACUCUGCUGGGAGGGACAGACGAGUGUGGGCCACGGAUAUAAGAGACCCAGAGUAUCGAACAUUAAUAUGUGAAGAAAAAGCUCCUGUGUUAAAGUUAGAACUUUGUCAAGCAGAAAACCAGCAGCCAUCAUUGUGGGUAGCAACCACAGAUUCUUCCAUUCGUAAUUGGCCAAUUAAAUCACGAAAUUCAAGGUGCUCAGGAGAUUAUGAUAAUGAAAAUCCUGUCCCAGCAUGCACUCAACCAGAUUUUACAAUCAAAGGUGGUGCCAGCAUACGUCAGUAUUGUGUUUUGAAUGAUAAACGACACAUUUUAACAAAAGAUACAGAUGAUAAUGUCAUCUUGUGGGAUGUUUUAACAGCAAGAAAAGUAGAAGAGUUAGGAAAAGCUAAUUUUGAGGAAGAGAUUAAAAAGCGAUUCAAAAUGGUAUAUGUGCCAAACUGGUUCUCAGUUGAUUUAAAAACAGGGUUGCUGAUAAUUCACCUGGAAGAAUCAGAUUGCUUUGCUGCCUGGAUGUCUUCGAAAGAGCUUGGGAUUGCCACACCACCUGAUGGACCAGAUACAAAAUGUGGGACUACAGACGAUACGACUGAUGCCUUAGUGGGAUUCCGAAAGCUAAAUAUCGGCGUGAUUUUAUUACAAGCUUUAUUGGAGUAUUGGCCACGAACUCGUUUUGAUGAUGGACAAGAAAUGGAAAUGAAUGGAAGUGGUGAAUGUGUUGAACGAAGAGGAAGUGGACCUUAUUUUAGUGUACCAGGACACACGCCUGUAAUAUUUAGUGAGGCUGGUGGACGUACAUUAUUUCGGCUACUGUGUCGAGAUGCAGGUGGUGAAACUGAACAGAUGUUACUAAAUGAAACCAUUCCUGCUUGGGUAGUGGAAGUUGCAGUUAAUAGAGUGUCUCCAAAAUUCAACAAAAUUCCAUUCUUUCUUCAACCACAUGCAAGCAUGGGGAUUAAACUACCCAAAAAAGAUCGCUUGUCUGCAAGUGAUAUGAUUCAAGUGCGCAAAGUGAUAGAGCAUGUCUAUGAGAAAGUAUUAGGCCAGGGAUCAGAUGCUGGAUCACAAACGGCCAAUAGUAAUCAUGAGAAGAGUGAUGGUGAGAAGGAUUCUGAAGAUGUUACUUCCAUAGCGGAAGAAAAAGUAGAAAUUCUCUGCAAUGACCAAGUACUUGAUCCCAACAUGGACCUAAGGACAGUGAAACAUUUUAUCUGGAAGCAAGGUGGUGACCUCAUACUGCAGUACCGACGCAUCAAAUGA